AUGAAGGCUGCUGUCAUCUUCCUCCUGACUCUACUAACUGUUUGUGAAUGCAUUCGAAUCCCUCUACUCCUUGGAGACUUGAAAAUUGGAAAACGGGAAGAUGGAAAGGUUGACAUCAAUUUUUCAAAUAAUUUGGAUGUCGGAGGGUUUGGUGCUGGAAAGAAUACGACAUUAACUGUUUCGAACGACACUUUCGUUGUGAAUGAUAACUCUCACAUAACAAGCAAUGGUACAAGACAUGAAGUAUCAUCUCAGACGGGAUUCAUUGACGAUGAAGUUAAGGUCGAAGGCAAUGCUAAUAUAAAUAACCAGAAUAUCAGAAUGGGCUUAGGCGAGAACGGAUCUCAUUUCAUUGGAGAUGUAUCCAGAGCCAUCCAGAAUUCUACAAAGAAGCCAUAA